AUGCACCAGCAGCAACACCUCCAGCAACAACAGCUCCAACAAGCUGGACCUUCGGAGCAGCUGCACCUGCAGCGGAAACAGCUGGCAGAGCCACAGCCGCAGCCACAACAGCAACAGCAACAGUUGCAGCAGCAGCAGCAACAGCAGCAGCAGGACGCAGCCUCAUGUGUGGGGCCGUGCUUCCUGGGACUUUCCGACUCAGCAGUUCUCCUCUGGAGAGCUGCUGCGCUGCAGGGAGAUGCAGCAGCAAAAGAAAAGGCAGAAGGGGGCCCCCCUGUCCCACAGAGUGGGGGCCCCCUCUUUGCCGCUGGCGGCGCUGUGGGGCCAGGGGCCCCCGUGGGCACUCCCGGAGGCCUUUCUUCAGCAGCAGCACCUGCUGCUGCUGCUGCUGCUGCUGCUGCUGGAAGCUCCAAGCCACUAGCAGCCGGGGAGGUUGCAGCUGCAGCUGCAGGUGCAGCAGAGCCUGUGGGGGCCCCCCUGUCCCGGCCAGCGCCUUCUGGGCGAGGCCGCGGGGGCCCCUGUGGGGGCCCCUGUGGGGUCCCCUGUGAGGGCCCCUGCGGGGCCCCCUGUGGGGGCCCCUGUGAGGGCCCCUGUGGGGGCCCUCUUGGGGCUGCAGAAGGAGUGUGCGCUUCGAAGAGCGGUGCUGCUGCUGCUGCUGCUGCUGCUGCUGCUGCUGCUUCUCCGUUUUCUGUGCUGCUGCCCAGCAGCAGGGGGCCCCCCGGGCUGGCGGGGGACUACCUCGACUUUCUGUGUUCCACCAGCAUCAUUGAGGCCUCGCUGCUGUCCCCACAGCCCUCGCCGCCCGCUGGGAUCGCUGGGAUCGCUGGGAUCGCUGGGAUCGGAUCCCCAGGGGCCUCCGCCCCACAGCAGUUCUUGGCGGCCCCGAGGGUCCAGGGCGCUGCGCCGCAGCUGCAGGCCAUUUAG